AUGGCCGAUACAGCAGAGCAGGUUGCGACGGCGCCGGUCGCCGAUCAGGAGGAUGAGGAGAUGGCGCUGGCGACGACAAAUACCGAUGUCGCGGCCCCGACUACGAAAAAGGUCGUUAGGAAGAUCAUUCGCAAGAAGAAGCGACCUGCGCGAGUGCAAAUCGAUCCCGACACCCUCACAUCAGAACCUCCUCCUCAGACCGGUACGAUCUUCAACAUUUGGUACAACAAGUGGUCGGGCGGCGAUAGAGAAGACAAGUACUUGUCCAAGACUCACGCCAAGGGUCGUUGCAACGUCGCUAAAGACUCUGGCUACACCAAGGCCGACGGACUGCCGGGGAGCUUCUUCUGUCUGCGGUUCGCGCGCGGUAUCUGCACCAAGGGCCAGGAUUGCGAUUACCUCCACCGACUUCCUGGGACGUACGAUCACUUCAACCCCAAUGUGGACUGCUUCGGACGCGACAAGUUUUCCGAUUACCGAGACGAUAUGGGUGGCGUUGGAAGUUUCAUGAGGCAAAACAGAACUGUCUAUGUGGGAAGGAUACACGUCACCGAUGAUAUUGAAGAGAUUGUGGCUCGACAUUUUGCUGAAUGGGGUCCUAUCGAGCGCACCCGUGUUCUCAACACCCGAGGUGUCGCAUUCGUAACCUACGUCAAGGAAGCCAACGCCGAAUUCGCAAAGGAAGCCAUGGCGCAUCAAUCUCUCGACCACGAUGAAAUUCUCAACGUUCGAUGGGCCACCGCCGAUCCCAACCCGAUGGCGCAGGCGCGUGAGGCGCGAAGAAUCGAGGAACAGGCCGCCGAGGCCAUUCGAAGAGCCCUGCCUGCAGAGUUUGUCGCCGAGAUUGAAGGCAAGGAUCCCGAGGCCAGGAAGAGGAGAAAGAUUGAGAGCAGCUAUGGCCUUGAAGGAUACGAAGCUCCCGAUGAAGUGCACUUCGCUCGGGGCGCCCAGGCUGUGAACCCCCUAGGAAGGGAAGGGUUUGAUGUGGAAUACCAGGAACGGCCCAUGAUCGAAAACGGCGAGUCUAGCGAGACACCAGCGCAGGAGGAGCAACAGCCACAGCAGGAGACGGGGGGCAUCUUUUCGGGCAGCACACUUGCGGCUCUUAACAAGGCCAAGGUGUCGGUGGCUUCCAAGCCCAAAGCUGCAGCCUCAGCAGGACCGCUGGUGGCAUAUGACAGCGACAGCGAUGAUGAAUAG